CAGGCCCUCAUACACGCAAGUUCUGUGUUUUACCUGUUGAACCAUCUCCCCUACCCUAGGAUCCCAGUUUUCAAUGGCUGGGGAAGCAAAAUGGGCCCCAUUUCUAGCCACAGUCUGAGGGUCUGGUGGUGAGACAGAGCUGACAGAACUGUGCACUGGCUGUUAGAAGCCCACGGGAGAGGCUGGCUGGGAAGCGUCAGAGAAAGAAGAUUCAGGAAUGCUGCCUUACCACCCAGAGGAAGACCUGCCUGAAACCUGGGAGUCAGACGGCCAUGUUUGUUUCUGGCAAAGACUCCAGGUCACCACCAGCCUCACGCUCCAACACUGGAAAGAAAAAGUCAAGAAGCAGCAAGGACCCGGAAGUGGAGAUGCGCUCCAAGCGCACGUGAUGGGGGAACCAGCCGGUGCUGUCACGUGACCCGUCCACCUGCGGCCUCUGCAACCGAGACGUUCAAGCUGCUCUUAAAGACCCUCGCCCGGCCGGUGGGAGCCGGCCCUGAGCUGUUGCGGACCCCGGCCCCGUCGGGGGACCCGAACUCGAUGCCAUGGAAGGCUGUGCGGCCGCGCGGCACCGCCUUUCGGAUUCCGAGGCAGCGGAGGCGCCCAGGGGCUCCCGGGUUCCCGCCAUGGACCGGCCCGGCACCCACUGGAAGAACUCGGCGGGCUUCUGGCUCUUGGGCCUUUGCAACAACUUCUCUUACGUGGUGAUGCUCAGUGCUGCGCAUGACAUCCUCAGCCACCAGAGGGCACCUGGGAACCAGAGCCAUGUGAACCCAGAACCCACGCCCACCGUGCACAACACCUCGUCUCGGUUUGACUGCAACUCUGUCUCCACAGCUGCAGUGCUCCUGGCAGACAUUCUCCCCACCCUCCUCAUCAAGCUGCUGGCUCCUUUGGGGCUCCAUCUGCUGCCCUACAGCCCCCGGGUCCUCGUCAGUGGCGUCUCUGCUGCAGGGAGCUUCCUGCUGGUGGCCUUUUCUCAGUCUGUGGCUCUCAGCCUCUGUGGUGUGGUCCUGGCCAGCGUCUCCUCUGGUCUGGGGGAGGUCACCUUCCUCUCUCUCACCGCCUUCUACCCCAGGGCUGUGAUCUCCUGGUGGUCCUCAGGUACCGGAGGAGCAGGGCUGCUGGGGGCGCUGUCCUACCUGGGCCUCACGCAGGCAGGCCUCUCCCCUCAGCACACGCUGCUGUCCAUGCUGGGCAUCCCCGCCCUGCUGCUGGCCAGCUAUUUCAUCCUGCUCACGUCCCCUGCGUCCCAGGACCCUGGAGGGGAAGAGGAGGCUGAGACAGCCGCUCGGCAGCCCCUGAUCGACAGUGAGACCCCAGAGACGAAGCCAGGUGCAAGCUCAGACCUCUCCCCUGAGGAGAAAUGGGUCGUAUUCAAGGGCCUGCUGCACUACAUCGGCCCCUUGGUCCUGGUCUACUUUGCUGAGUACUUCAUCAACCAGGGACUCUUUGAGCUCCUCUACUUCCGGAACACAACCCUGAGUCACGCUCAGCAGUACCGCUGGUACCAGAUGCUGUACCAGGCCGGUGUCUUCGCCUCCCGCUCUUCUCUGCGUUGCUUUCGGAUCCGCUUCACCUGGAUCCUGGCGCUGCUGCAGUGCCUCAACCUGGCCUUCCUGCUGGCGGACGUGUGGUUGAGCUUCCUGCCAAGUAUCUACCUCGUCUUCCUGAUCAUUCUGUACGAGGGGCUCCUGGGAGGCGCGGCCUACGUGAACACCUUCCACAACAUCGCCCUGGAGACCAGCCACAAGCACCUGGAGUUCGCCAUGACAGCGGCCUGUGUCUCUGACACGCUGGGGAUCUCCCUGUCGGGGCUAGUGGCCCUCCCUGUGCACAACUUCCUCUGCCACCUCUCCUGACGCAGGACACACUGACAUGGGGUGCACAGACAGGCACGUCAGACACUGGGGGCCAGGUGCAUCCCCUGCCCAGGCUCCCCCGUCCCGCCUGCUGGUGGGCAGGGCAGCAGCUGUCUCCCACACCUGAGCUGGCCUCGGGGAGUUUCUUCUCGCCUCACAUCCUAGAAUAAAUGACUAUUUUAUCAACUGA